AUGAAGAAGAGAAAACGUUCUAGCAAAAACAAACCUCUAACCCAAGAAGAAAUAUGGGAUGACUCCGCCCUCAUUGAAUCCUGGGAAGAAGCUGCGGAGGAAUACAAGCUCUACCACAGCAUCCAGGCCAAGGGCCAGAAAGUUGAGGACGUAUUGCGAGAGGCUGAAGCUUCGAAUGGAAACGAAGAUGUUAUGCAGGUAGAGCAUAUCACGGGAAUAGAGGCUGUCGCAGAAGAUCAUGCUGUGAACCUAUCCGAAACUGUGAUUGUCGAAGAGUCGGAGGGGAAGGAAAAGUAUACAGGUGGUCAACCAGUAGACCACAGCCAGGACAACGCUAUCCCAGACGCAGUCGCAGAGGACAGCCAGCCCGCAGCUGGUGGACCAGCAAGUGGAAGCUUUGCGAGCAUGCCACAGAUGGUGAUUAAUGGAGCUCCUAACCCGCCCAACAUUCAAGAUGAAGCACUCAAAAACCUCAUGAUGUCUUGGUACUUCGCAGGUUACUACACUGGAUUAUACGAAGGCCAACAACGCGCGGGAGCAAAACAGUGA